CAGGGACUAGUGGAGCUACAGUCUCUAUAGUUUUUACACAGACUGAAAAUCCUACUGAAGUUCUUGCCCUAAAAACCAGACAGGUCCUUCACACAGAUACGUCAGUUUGCUGGUGAUUGGCAGAGGGCAAUUAUAACAUGUGUGGAAGCUGCCGAAACCAAACCACCAGGAUUACUGAUCACUAACAUACAAGCAAAGCUUUGAGGGUGUCAGUGAGAAUACCCUGGACACCAUGCACAGCACUGGCUGCCUGCUUGUGUUACUGCAUUCAUUUCUAGGUUAUUCUCAGAUCCUCCAGGGUCCCCAGAGCGCUGCUGUUCUUCUCAACAGCGAUGCCCUGUUUAACUGCACCUUGUCUGAACCCUGGGUAAUCAUGACCUGGUUGUUAAAUGGCAGGACAGUACUGACCAUUUUGUCCGCGACAGGACCUGUCGUAACAAAUCCACGCUUCACCUCUCGGAACAAUACGCAGGGUAACGCCUUCACCGCUGAACUUAUCAUAUCCAAAGUCAGUCUUCAGGACAGUGGGGUGGUGAUGUGUGACCUACAAAAUAUUGAGACAAAGGAAGCUAAUUUAUCAGUACAAGUAAAUGGUUCAUUACAGAUUACAAAUCACAGCUUGAGUGUGCUGCAGGAUCACUCCACGACCAUUGUCUGCCAGGCUUCAAAGUGGUACCCUGAACCAAAGAUCACCUGGAUGUUGAACAAGACUUGGGCUGACCCUCAGAACUACACCACAGGCAGCUCUCUCAGUACUGAGUUCUACGACACGACAAGUACUCUUAGACUGGCUCCAAGCAGUGAUGUCACAAUAGUAUGUGUCGCCUCCAUCCCUGCCCUGCCUGAGCCACAGACCACCACUGUCAACCUGACAGUCACUGCAGAACAUGCCAAACCCAGCAAUGACAAAACUGUCUUGAUAGCCGUCACUGUUACUUUUUCUGCGGUGGCUUUAAUAGUGCUCAUCAUUGUUGGAAUUGUGUUCUGCUGCAAAAAGAGAACAAGCUCAAAGUCCAGCUAUCAGGAAGAAAUGAGAAAAGUUUCUCAAGGCAGAUCCCCAAAUGAGCAAAAUUCCAAGAUGCCGCAAAUUCAAGGGAAGAUUAAUUUAGGGUUUUCUGCAGAAAACAUUUCAGGCAAUCAGGAGUCCCAGGGCAGUCGUGACACGGGCAAUAAGACAGUUGCCUUAGAGCAGGUUCCUCAUGUGAUUCAAACAAAUAACAAGGGACACUAUCCAGUCAACCCGAAGAAAAUGAGACAGGCGACGGUUGUUUAGAGAGGGGCCACCUUACCUUGGAUUGCUGAUUGGCUUUGUGAAUAUGGAACUCAGUUUGGUCUACACUAGUUCACCUAUUGGAAUGGGUUCUUAGGCCAUCAGACCUGUUUUCUUCGGAACAGGUCUGCACUAAACAAACUGGGUGCUUUGCAAGCAUUGCCACACAGGCCAGGACUUGAGGGACAAGAGAAGUAAAGAGUGCCUGUAAUCGGUAGACAUGAGAGCCGGUGACAUCAUUUCACUAGAUACCCAGUGCUAUGGGGUCUUCAACGUCACUAGCUGCUUCUAUAAAGAUCUGGCCCAUGUUAGAUAUGUCUAUGGCAGGUAAUUAGAAUUGAAGAGCCUAAAGUAUUUGAGUAAUAGCACUGGGAAGCACUCAAUAUUAUUGCAAUGAUCAGGAGAAAAAAUGACAUGUAACGAAUAGCAAUAUUUCAUGUUAGAUUUCAAAAUGUCGCAUUUUUUAAUUUGUCAGUUUUUUCGUUCUGGAAAACUACCAAGCCAUAUGCAAUUCAAUAUGUUAACGUAACAUUCAUGCAAUUUUAUGAAGCAUUGUUUUUAAUUCUAUAGGGUGAUGCAAAACUUUUGGCCAUAGCUAUACAACUGCCUCAUCACCAAAUUUCUGUUAGGCAACUAUCAAAAUGAUUAAUUAUUUAAAACUACACGUCUAUGGACAAUAUUAUAAUUAAUGCACAAACUCAAACACAUUAUUAGCCGUCUGUGACAUUUAUAUUAAAAACAGAUGAUUUUUUAAUCUUACAUAUUUUAUUCAAUAUCUCUGAGGAUGCAAAUAGGACGUGUUCCGUCUGUGGAACUGAAUGUAAUCUAAUUUAAAUGAAUUAUGCAUUAUUAGAAUGAAUGACACAAACAAUAAAAAAAACAAUUGACAGAUCUCUGAGACUAGGGACGUUGGAGCCUCCCAGUAAGGGCUGAUGGAGAUAUCAGCAAUGCUGAUUAACCAUUUCAGUGCCUUGUAUGACACUCUCACUCCUACUGUACCAAAUCAAGGGAUGUCUCGUCACAACAGUGUGUCAUCUGGAAAAAAAUGAGCGAGGUCUCUUUAAAAAACACACAGCCUCUUUCUGGCCACGUGUUCUUGUUGGGAAUUGCAUCUCGAGGGGUGUCACAGCAAAUCAAGUUAAAUUGAGACAGGUUUCAAAUACAGAUGCAGAAGGAAACUGAAAAACUUGAUCUGAAGAAGUUGUUUUCAGUGGCCUGCUUCCGAAAACAUUGGUGGAUAUUGACAGAAAAGGAUAUCAUGUGCUUAAUAAUAAUUUGUAAUAAGAGAUCAGGAUUUGACAGCACCGUUUCAGAAACUGAAAAAUGUUACGACCUGAAUAAAAUAAAAAAUAAAAAUAAGAAACACACACGCACACGCACACGCACACGCACACACACACACACACAAAGGUUCAGGUCAUGUGUUUUAUAAAAACUGAGGUUUGCAUUGGCAAUCUUAAAACAUUCACUUUCUUGCAUUUUACAACAAAGCAUAGAAGUACAGAUGUUUACAGAGAUGCAGAAAUACAGAUUAUAAUUGCUUGUUUUACAAAAUUAAAAAUGUGAUACAGCGUUAGCAAAGCACUUAGGCCUGUACAGCAUGUUCCAUCCUUCCCAUUCUUAAACUGAAAUACUAGUAAUUGGACCGUUUAAAUCCACUUUAUUAAGUAUAUACUAUCUGUCUACUGUAAGACAGUAAUCUACUAAAUAUUUGUCAAAGUUUAAGUAGUUUUGUAUAUACCUGAAUAUUUGUCAA